AUGAGGAACUUCAGUGUCGUCUCUGAGUUCAUCCUCCUUGGUCUGUCUGCUGAUGCUCAGGUCCAGGCUGUCCUCUUUGUGGUUUUCCUUGUGAUCUAUGUCCUGACCCUGACGGGGAACUCCAUGAUUCUGCUAGUGAUAACAGCGGACGCUCGCCUCCGUUCUCCGAUGUACUUUUUUCUGGGCCACCUCUCCUUCCUGGAUCUCUUGUAUUCAUCAGUCUCCACACCCAAGAUGCUGGAGAAUCUGGUGUCUGAGAUAAAAACAAUCCCUGUGAAGGGUUGUCUGGCCCAGGCCUUCUUCGUGUAUGCCAUUGGGGGUACCGAGGCUUUGCUUCUUUCGGUCAUGGCUUAUGACCGCUAUGCAGCCAUUUGCCACCCUCUACUCUAUGGCCAGAUGAUGAGCGACUGGUUCUGUCAGGGGCUUGUGUGGGGAUCCUGGAGCCUGGCCAUCCUGACCUCACUCACUAAUACCCUCCUAGCUGUGAAUUUGGACUUUUGUCACUAUGGAACCAUACACAACUACAACUGUGAGUUUCCUUCCCUCUUCCCUCUCUCCUGCUCCGAUGUCUCCACUAACGUCACUGCCCUACUCUGGACUUUCGGCAUACACGCCUCUGGAACCUUCCUUCUCGUGGUAUGUUCCUACGGCUGCAUUUUCUCCACUAUCCUGAACAUGAGCUCCACCGGGGGCAGGAGCAAGGCUUUCUCCACCUGCUCCUCCCACCUCACCGUAGUGACCCUGUACUUCGGUUCGGCCUGCCUGCGCUACGUCAUGCCUACGUCGGGUUCGCCCGUGGAAACAUUCUUCUCUCUACAGUACAGUGUCAUCACUCCCAUGCUGAACCCCUUCAUCUACAGCCUGAAGAACAAGGAAGUGAAGGCCGCUAUGAGGAAGCUGCUCGCAAGAUGCUGCCAGCAUUUUGGGUAA